CCAUCUCCCCUUCACGCCACUACAGGGCUUCAGGACAGUAGCCCCAUCCGCCCAUCUCGCCACUCUCAUCGCUCCCAAGCUCGAGCCAGCAGCGGCGCUGGCAGAGGGGGAGAGGAGGGACGUGCAACUUAUCAUUCGGAAUCUCACCUCCACUACGGAUUUUGGGUUCGCCUCGUGUGAUGCACCCGAGGGGGCGUCGCUCCCGCGCAACUGGUCUCUGCUGCCCAUGCGGAAGGAGCUCCAGUGGGUGAUUUCCAACAUUACACUCCAAAUGAACAACAGCAACUACGAUGUAGUGCACGUGCGGCGGGGAGACAAAGUCCUGGACUCUAAACGAUGGCCCAAUCUGGACAAAGACACACGGCCGGACAGUCUCCUCAAGCGUCUACUGGAGCUGGUUCAGCCUGGUAGAUUCCUCUACAUUUCAACGGACGAGCGUUCUCCGGGUUUCUUCGACCCCCUAAAAGACAAGUUCAACGUUCGGAUGCUGGGAGAUUUCAAGGACUUAUGGGCACCGGGGACUGCGUGGUUUCAAGUCUACUCGGACAUGCUGGGGAAGGAUGUUACUUUCGACUCGUACAUGGAG